AUGCGUGUCAUAGGUGGGAAUAAGGGUGUUGAGUGUCAGGAUCUGACUCCGGUUCGCCAGAAAGCUGAUUGCUCUAUGGAUCAAACGAAUGAGAGCUCACCGAGGAUACAACUUUCUGAGCCUACUACUGAGGUGUUUCCAGAGACUUCUAAUGGAAAGUGGGCCACAACACCUUGUAUGGGGCACAAGAAUGGUAACUCUGAUGUUAAUCGUGAGGAUACUCUAGAGAUCAUUGGUUCUCUUUCUCGAUUAAGUCCUUUACUUGGAAUUGAGGAGGAGGGGGUGGAUGAAGAUGAGGAGGAAGAAAAAGACAUAGAAGAAGCUGAGAUUACUGAUGAAAGGGAAGAGGAUAAGAAGACACAAAAGGCGUCAAAUAUCCUUAGGGGGACACAGCCUUAUAUGGGUGGAGGAAGCAAGAAUAACAAGAAGAAAGUGGUUAUGUCUAAGGACCUCAAGUUUGCGGGGAUGUCAGGCGUUUCUAGAAAGCCUUCCAGUAGGAAGUAA